CCGCAGUCGCGCCUGGGCCGCCGCGGGCCCGCACCGAGCGAGCGCGGCGCACGGCGGUGGCCAGGGCCGCGAUGGCGGAGCGGCGGCGCGCGUGGAACACGGAGGACGACCUGCCCGUGUACCUGGCGCGGCCGGGCAGCGCGGCGCAGACCCCGCGGCAGAAGUACGGCGGCAUGUUCGCCGCGGUGGAGGGCGCCUACGAGAACAAGACCAUCGACUUCGACGCGUACAGCGUGGGCCGCCGCGGCUCGGCGCGCACGCCCCGCAGCGCCGGCCGGCUGGACGCCGUGGGCCUGCCGGCGCCCGGCGGCAGCGAGGACACGGCCAGCGACGUGAGCGAGCCCUCGGGCUCGGCCGUCAGCUCGCCCGGAGAGCGCGCCGAGCCGCCGCCGGCGCUGCGCAUCCGCUGCCCCGCGCCCCGCGACCUGCCGCUCGGCCGGGACAAUGGCCAGAGUGACCGGCUGCUCAUCAAAGGCGGGCGGAUUGUCAACGAUGACCAGUCCUUCUACGCCGACGUCUACCUGGAGGAUGGGCUCAUCAAGCAAAUCGGGGAGAACCUCAUCGUGCCGGGCGGCGUGAAGACCAUCGAGGCCAAUGGGCGGGUGGUCCUCCCCGGCGGCAUCGACGUCAACACGUCCCUGCAGAAGCCCUGGCAGGGCCUGGCGGCGGCUGACGGCUUCUUCCAGGGCACACGGGCCGCGCUGGCGGGCGGCACCACCAUGAUCAUUGAUCAUGUUGUCCCGGAGCCUGGGUCCAGCCUGCUGACCGCCUUUGAGAAGUGGCACGAGGCCGCUGACACCAAGUCCUGCUGCGACUACUCGCUGCAUGUGGACAUCACGAGCUGGUACGAAGGUGUCCGGGAGGAGCUGGAGGUGCUGGUGCAGGACAAAGGCGUCAACUCCUUCCAAGUCUACAUGGCCUACAAGGACCUGUACCAGAUGUCUGACAGCCAGCUCUACGAAGCCUUCACCUUCCUGAAGGGGUUGGGAGCUGUAAUCCUGGUCCACGCAGAAAAUGGAGAUUUGAUAGCUCAGGAGCAGAAGCGGAUCUUAGAGAUGGGCAUUACAGGGCCUGAGGGCCACGCUCUGAGCAGACCCGAGGAGCUGGAGGCCGAGGCCGUGUUCCGGGCCAUCACCAUCGCCGGCCGCAUCAACUGUCCCGUGUACAUCACCAAGGUGAUGAGCAAGAGCGCGGCCGACAUCAUCGCCCUGGCGCGGAAGAAAGGGCCCCUGGUGGUGGGCGAGCCUAUCGCAGCCAGCCUGGGCACGGACGGGACCCACUACUGGAGCAAGAACUGGGCCAAGGCCGCGGCCUUCGUCACCUCCCCGCCCCUGAGCCCCGACCCCACCACACCCGACUACCUGACGUCUCUGCUGGCCUGUGGAGACCUGCAGGUCACGGGCAGCGGCCACUGUCCCUUCACCACUUCCCAGAAGGCUGUGGGCAAGGACAACUUCACCCUCAUCCCUGAGGGCGUCAACGGCAUAGAGGAGCGGAUGACGGUCGUGUGGGACAAGGCGGUGGCCACUGGCAGGAUGGACGAGAACCAGUUUGUAGCUGUGACCAGCAGCAACGCGGCCAAGAUCUUUAACUUGUACCCCAGAAAGGGGCGGAUCGCUGUGGGCUCGGACGCCGAUGUGGUCAUCUGGGACCCCGACAAGGUGAAGACCAUCACAGCCAAGAGCCACAAGUCGGCAGUGGAGUACAACAUCUUCGAGGGCAUGGAGUGCCACGGCGCCCCGCUGCUGGUCAUCAGCCAGGGCAAGAUUGUCUUCGAGGACGGCACCAUCAACGUGAGCAAAGGCACGGGCCGCUUCAUCCCGCGGAAGCCCUUCCCGGAGCACCUGUACCAGCGCGUGCGCAUGCGCAGCAAGGUGUACGGGCUGCAGGGCGUGCCCAGGGGCAUGUAUGACGGCCCCGUGUACGAGGUGCCAGCCACCCCCAAGUAUGCAACGCCCGCCCCGUCAGCCAAGUCCUCGCCUUCCAAACACCAGCCUCCGCCCAUCAGGAACCUCCACCAGUCCAACUUCAGCCUAUCAGGUGCCCAGAUAGACGACAACAACCCCCGGCGUACUGGCCACCGCAUCGUGGCGCCCCCGGGGGGCCGCUCCAACAUCACCAGCCUCGGCUGAAGGGCUGGCGGCGGCAGGUGCUCAAGCAAAAAAUUCAGGGCGUGACAUGCAUCCGCCCCCUGCUGGUGUUAUGGACCCCCCCAGUCUCGCUUGGGACUGGGGGGAAGAAAAUUGAAGGGUGUUCGUUCCUUGUUGGUUAGGAAGAAGUGGUACUAGUGUGGUGUUUGCCUGGAAUCCCCCCCACCCCACCCCCACGCCGUGUCCACACCGAGCCCGCCCAGAGCAUGGUGGGGCUACCUGUCUCCCUAGUGCCCCCGCCCCCGCAUCAUCACUUCCGGUCCCUCCCACCCCGGCCCGCCGCCCGGCUGCCGGGAGAGGCCCCUCUGCACCCGUAGCUGUCGUAGGGUAGUUGCUGCAUGUUCUGAAGUUCCGUAUGCAAGUGUGAGCGUGCCCGGCGGACGGCCUCUCCACGGCCGACGUGGACGCUGUGUCAGACCUCAGGCCCGCAGGGGUGGUCCCAGAGCUCUCAACACAAGAUGUUUACUCAUUGUCCCCUCCCCCCAGUCUACACUGGAGAAGCCUCCCACUGAGGUCCAAGAUCUCCGAGACGGCCAGCCGGCCACCGCGUCCUGUGUCCUGCGGUCUGUGUGUGUCCUGCAGCCAGCUCUGGACCUCAGGCCCGGGCCAGGCCGUGCUCUCGGCUCUCUCGUCGUCCCUGCGCAGGGCCGGUGGCGCGGGAGGGGGUGCAGCCGUGCCCUGCUCCCGAGCAGCUGGUCCUGGCCCUCCGGGGCGGUUGACGGGGCAGUCCGAUUUUUAAAGUUUUGUACAGUUUUCCUUUGUAAUCACCCCCAUUUUUACUUAACAACUGAUUUGUUGUGGUCCUUAUUUCUGAACUCAAAGCUUGUGAAAAAAUAAACAGCCCGCUGGCCCA